ACAAAUCUGUACAAGACGCGAAGCGAUGCGCAUGUAACACAUUUAUUUUUAAAUGUGUUUGUGUUCCAGAAAAUACACUAUUUUUAUAUCGAACAAAAUGACUUCUGCGUUUAGCUUAAGAUUUCCCGAAUGGGAUCUUACAAAAAGCCAAUUCAAAGAGUUAGAUGAACUACCUUUAAUGGAAACUCCAGGGCCGAUACUUAUGAUCCUGGCAGCGUAUCUUCUCUUCGUAUUGAAAAUAGGACCAGCACUUAUGACCAAACGAGAACCUUAUAAGUUGACAACAGUCCUUCUGCUAUAUAACUUCCUCCAAGUCGUAUUGUCGGCGUUCAUGGUAUACAGGGUGAGUGAAAAUAGUUCUAAUAAUACUUCGUCUAAGCAGUUAGAAGUAGUGUUGUACGCCAGUAUGAUGUCUGAAAACGGAAUUGCACCAACCACAUGUCACACGCAUAAUACAUCUACAAGAGAAAGGAUACUAUUUGAUAUUUGGAUUUACUUCGCUGCAAAAGUUACAGAAUUAUUGGACACGAUAUUCUUCGUUUUACGAAAGAAAGAUAGACAAGUGACAUUCCUACAUUUGUACCAUCAUUCUGUGAUGAUGAUCGGUACAUGGAUGUACUUAAAAUAUUGGCCGUCAUACACAUUGUUUUUUAUUGGUUUUAUGAACGCGCUGGUCCACGUAUUCAUGUAUACGUACUAUGGGUUAGCAGCAUUAGGCCCUCAAGUUACCAAAUACAUCUUUUGGAAGAAGUAUAUGACAAAACUACAAUUGCUGCAGUUCUUCUGCAUAAUAGUUCACUAUAUAGUGGCAAUCAACAAGACUGAGUGUCCGCCGUCAAAGGGAGUUGCAAUUUUCGUUGGCGGAAAUACACUCUUCAUUGCUUUUCUCUUCCUCAACUUCUAUUUCCAAAACUACAGAAGUCGUAACCUUGUUAAGAAUAAGACGUUAGAAAAGCUGAAGAGGUCCAAAGUAAUAGAUGACGAGAACAGUGAAAAAGUGAAGAGUGACUAAAAAUACAUAAUCGAAUACGUGAAGGAAAUAAUAAGAAUAUUUCAAACUUAUCUCGUUGUAAUAAGCUUUAAUGUACAAAAUCUGAUGUAAAAAAUAGUAAUUUCGGAUGGAUGGAUGGUGUUAAAUGAAUUAGUUAAGUUUGAUGCCGAUCACUAGACGGCGGUUGUUGCGGUGUAUAUACUGGUGAGUGGUAACUGUUCGUGAUAUAACAAUUAGAUUAGGGUAAAAAAACCGCCUUGUAGCCGUCUCGUGAGCGACCAUCCC